AUGAGCUCUCAGUCUGCUACAACUCAAGAUGUUUACAAUUUAUUAAAAAAUAUAGAAAGCAACUUAGGAAAAAAGAUUGAUGACGUCCAGGACGAGAUAAGGUGUCUUAAAAAAUCUGUAGAUUACGAGAUUAAAGAUUUAAAGGAGAAAGCCAAUAGUUUGGAAGACGAAAAUAGACUACUUAAAGCAAAAAUUAAAUAUAUAGAGAGAAAACUUAAAAAUAAUAACAUAUUUAUUUAUGGAUUAUUAGAACAAACAGGGGAAACUCAACCUAAACUACUGAAAGAGGUGUUGCACCUAAUAAACACAACUAUAACAGUCGAACUUACGCCACUUGAGAUCAACAAUAUCUAUAGAGUAGGAAAAAAUAAAGAGCACAAUCAAGAGGAUAAGGAAGACAUAAAAAUCCUGGUAGAAACUUUAAGAAUGGCAAGAACUCAUCAAAAAAAGGCUGUAAUCAAAGGAAACGGCAUAAUUAUAGAAGAGACGUAUUACUUGACAAAGGACAUAUUGGAUGAAAAACACUUUCAAAAAUCUGAUCAAGAAUUCUCUCCACCACCAAAAAGAAAUAUUGCAAGUAAUCCAGGUACACCCUCGUUAAAUGUUUUUGAUAACGAUAGUGACAUUGAUCUUAAUGUACAACAGCCUGAAAUAUUGGAAACCAAACCGUAA